AAUGGAGAUGUAUGAAACCCUUGGAAAAGUGGGAGAGGGAAGUUACGGCACAGUCAUGAAGUGUAAACAUAAGGUUACCGGGCAGAUAGUGGCCAUUAAGAUAUUUUAUGAGAAACCAGAAAAAUCUGUCAACAAAAUUGCAACGAGAGAAAUAAAGUUCCUAAAGCAAUUUCGUCAUGAAAACCUGGUCAAUCUGAUUGAAGUCUUUAGGCAGAAAAAGAAAAUUCAUUUGGUGUUUGAAUUUAUUGACCACACAAUACUAGAUGAAUUGCAACAUUAUUGUCAUGGAUUAGAGAGUAGAAGACUUAGAAAAUACCUCUUCCAGAUUCUUCGAGCAAUUGAUUAUCUUCACAAUAAUAAUAUCAUUCAUCGUGAUAUAAAACCUGAGAAUAUUUUAGUAUCCCAAUCAGGAAUUACUAAGCUCUGUGAUUUUGGUUUUGCACGAACACUAGCUCCUGGGGACAUUUAUACGGACUACGUGGCCACACGCUGGUAUAGAGCUCCAGAAUUAGUAUUAAAAGAUACCACUUAUGGAAAACCUGUGGACAUCUGGGCUGUGGGCUGUUUGAUCAUUGAGAUGGCCACUGGAAAUCCCUAUCUCCCUAGCAGCUCUGAUUUGGAUUUACUCCAUAAAAUUGUUUUAAAAGUAGGCAAUUUGACACCUCACUUGCAGAAUGUUUUUUCCAGGAGUCCCAUUUUUGCUGGGGUGGUCCUUCCUCAAGUUCAACACCCAAAAAAUGCAAGGAAAAAAUACCCAAAGUUAAAUGGAUUUUUGGCAGAUGUAGUUCAUGCUUGUUUGCAAAUUGAACCUGCUGAGAGGAUAUCUGCUAGUGAUCUUUUGCAGCAUGAAUAUUUCACUAGAGAUGGAUUUGUUGAAAAGUUCAUACCAGAACUGAAAGCUAAAUUACUGCAAGAAGCAAAGAUCAAUUCAUUCAUAAAGCCAAAAGAUAAUUCCAAAGAAAAUGAACUUAUAAAAGAUGAAAGAAAAAGAAUUUAUAGCAAUACUCUGCUAAAUAGUUCUGGGUUUGGAAAGGAAAUAGAAAAAGAUAAAAAAUCCAAGGAGAUAAAAGUCAGAGUUAUUAAAGUGAAAGGAGGAAAAGGAGAUAACCUGGAACCAAAAAAGUUAGAUUAUGAAGCCGGACAUUGUCAGCAAGAUGUAACUGAAAAUGUUCACACACCAUCUCAAGAUGCAAAACCUGUAAUCACUGAACCACCAAGACCUAUCAGUCCCAGCAUCAGUUCUAAUGGCAUGAAAGAAAAUCUACAUGCUGGAGGUUGUACGACAAUGCCGCCCAUUAACCUAACAAGCAAUAAUUUUAUGGCUGUAAAUACCAACUCAAAUCUUACUUAUUCCAAUACAAGGUUAACUGAAAAAACAAAAAGGAGACAUACUUUUUCACAGUCUAUUGGACAUGUUCUAUCUAAUGGCAGGCCAGAGGAUACAGGUCCCACUCAAAGUCAAAUGGAAAAGGGUGUAUUUGAUGAGAAAAUGGGCGAAAGUGACGAAAUGGCAAAUGGAAACAAAAGGAAGUUGAAUUUUUCCAGAUCUGACAAAAAAGAAUUCCAUUUCCCAGAACUUCCUGUCACAGUACAGUCGAAGGAGAUAAAAGGAAUGGAAGCUAAACAGAUUAAAGUAAUGAAGAGGGAGUUGAAGAAAACCGAUUCUUCUAAAAUACCAACUUUACUUAAUGUGGGUCAAAAUAAAGAAAAACAAGAGAAUACAGGAAAUGCACAAACUGAAAGGAAGAAGAACCUACCAGAUGUAGAGUAG